AUGGGAGAAAAAACCACAAAUUCCGAGCCUCUGAUGCAACAGCAGCCUAUUGCUGUACCGCAAGAACAACAAUUUCAACAGCAGCAACAACCAUCAAACUAUUCUGGUCCUGGUGCUAUCCAACAAUCAACAUGGUCGAAUAGUAUCUGGGAUUGUUUCUCUCCAGGCGAACUCUGUCUCAAAACAACCUUCUGCCCAUGUUUCGUCUAUGGCAAGACGCAGCAUCGUCUCAAUCAAGAUGCCAAUCUCAUGGGAUAUGAACGAUUUAAUAACGACUGUCUCUUAUGGGCGGGAGCUCAAUGCUGCGGUUUAGGACCCGUAUUCACAUUUCUUCAACGUCGGCAAAUACGGGAAAAGUUUGCGAUUGGCGGAGAGAGCGAUGUUACGGAUAUUGCACUUAGUUGGUGUUGUCAUUGUUGUGCGGUGAUGCAGCAUGAAAAGGAAGUGGUGGCGAGAAAUCAGAGUCAGAGUGGUGGAAUUAAUCAACAGGGAUAUCAGAGAUCGGAGCCAAUGGUGGUGGCAUAG